AUGAUAGCUUGCGCUGAAUUACUUAAGGAGACUAAAUUUGAUUUUCACGGGCUUCCACGUUGUUUUGUUAGAAUCGACGUCGAGCAUUUUAUCAAAAUAGCCAGAAAAUGGACACCGUUAAAAUCAAUUACUCGAUUGGCUAGAGAAAUGGUACUUCGUGCGAUUGGGUUGUUAAUCAAAUGCAAAACAUUGAAUGAAAUACGUGUAUUGUUAUUAUUUUUAUUUAUAUUGCUUACUAAUGAAACGAAUGGAACAAUCCCCGAGAAUGAUGAAGAAACUCCCUGUGAACAACACAAACGUAUAUUAACUGAAGCAACAUCAACUGGUUUCGUUGAUUUGCAACAACAGUUUAAUGAAAUAUUAUCCUUAGCUGAAACUGAAGAGGAUGCUCGCACUCUGAUAGAAAAUGAGUAUGAACGCCAAAAUGAAGCUUUGGAUUCAAAUGAGAAUCCAUUUCAAACAUGGGCUGAUGGUAUAUUGUUAGAAAGUAAAAUAUUUAUAAAAAAAAAAGGAAAUGGAAUAAAUCCAUUCUAUUGCCCUGAAUUACCAUCGAUUCUUAUUAAAACAAUGAAAUAUAUGCCUUUAUGGUCCGGUGUAAUGAUUCCAAUCUUCGGUUACGGAGAAGAUAUUUCAAGUUCUGCUGCUGUAGAAUCAAGUUUUAAGAAACUUAAGAAUAAUCACAAUGAAACACAUACAUUUACCAACAAAUAUUGA